AUGCGGGUAGGUCCCUGCUGCUCAUCUGGGAGCAGGAGAUCUGGGGAGAUGUCAACACCAGAUCCUCCCAUGGGGGGCACCCCUCGCCCCGGUCCCUCCCCAGGGCCAGGUCCAUCCCCCGGGGCCAUGCUGGGCCCGAGCCCCGGGCCAUCUCCGGGCUCCUCUCACAGCAUGAUGGGCCCCAGCCCAGGCCCCCCCUCCUCUGGACACUCUCAGCCUGGCCCCUCCGGCUACGGUCCAGACAACAUGCACCCCCUGCACAAACCAAUGGAGAGCUUACAUGAGAAAAGCUUGAGUGAGGAGGGCCGUUUCAGUCAGAUGAAAGGACUGUCUAUGAGACAGGGCGGGCACAGUGGUAUGGGCCCCCCUCCCAGUCCUUUGGACCAACACUCACAAGGGUACCACUCUCCUUUAGGUGGCUCGGACCACUCCAGCCCUGUUGCUUCAAAUGGUCCCCCCUCUGGCUCUCUUAUGCCAUCGUCUUCAUCCUCCUCCUCCUCCGCUGGUCCUGGCUCUGCUUCAGCCCCUUUGGAAGGCCCCAGCACCGAUCAACACACCUUAGGUCCUAAUAAUCGGUCUGGUCCUCCAAGCAGUUCUGGACCAGGCCCCAGUCCUGGACCUAAUCUUGGACCCAGUGUCUCAAGCAUUGGUUCCAGCCUUGAGAGUACUGGCCCUACCGGUCCUGCUGGUCCUGGAGGCCCUGGUGGCCCAACACCUUUCAACCAGAACCAGCUUCACCAACUGAGAGCCCAGAUCAUGGCCUAUAAGAUGCUGGCCCGUGGACAACCCCUUCCAGACCACCUCCAAAUGGCUGUCCAAGGGAAGAGGCCAAUGCCAGGGCUGCAGCAGCAGUCCAUGCCCAGCCUGGUUCCUGGACCCGGAGGAGGGCCAGUAGGUGGACCAGCAGGACCAGGACCAGGAUCUGGGCCUAUGGGAUCAGGCUACAACCGUGCUCAUGGAAUGAUGGGGCCCACCAUGCCUCCACCAGGUCCAUCUGGUACUCCAGUUGGGAUGCAGGGACCAAAUCCAAAUGGACCACCCAAAUCCUGGCCUGAAGGCCCCAUGGUGAAUGCAGCAGCCCCCUCAAACGCACCCCAAAAGCUGAUCCCCCCUCAACCCACCGGCAGGCCCUCACCUGCUCCCCCUUCAGUUCCUCCCGCCGCUUCUCCUGUAAUGCCCCCCCAGACCCAGUCCCCUGGUCAACCGGCACAGCCCACCCCCAUGAUGCCUUACCACGCCAAGCAGAACCGCAUCACUCCCAUUCAGAAACCCUGCGGCCUCGAUCCAGUGGAGAUCCUGCAGGAGCGGGAGUACAGAUUACAAGCUCGCAUAACUCAUCGCAUUGCUGAACUGGAGAACCUGCCAGGUUCGUUGGCUGGUGACUUACGUACCAAAGCUACUAUAGAGCUGAAAGCUCUCCGGCUGCUCAACUUCCAGAGACAGCUCCGUCAGGAGGUGGUGGUGUGUAUGCGGCGUGACACCGCUCUGGAGACAGCCCUUGACGCCAAGGCCUAUAAGCGGAGCAAGCGUCAGUCUCUGCGAGAGGCCCGCAUCACGGAGAAGCUGGAGAAGCAGCAGAAGAUUGAGCAGGAGCGCAAACGCAGACAAAAACAUCAGGAGUACCUCAACAGCAUCCUACAGCAUGCCAAAGACUUCAAGGAGUACCACCGUUCUAUCACGGGCAAAAUUCAGAAACUGACCAAAGCUGUGGCGACUUACCACGCCAACACUGAACGGGAACAGAAGAAGGAAAAUGAGCGUAUUGAGAAGGAGAGGAUGAGGAGACUUAUGGCAGAGGAUGAGGAGGGCUACCGUAAACUGAUUGACCAAAAGAAAGAUAAGCGCCUUGCCUACCUGCUGCAGCAAACUGAUGAGUAUGUUGCCAACCUGACGGAGCUGGUCAGAGCCCACAAAGCUGCACAAGCCCUCAAAGAGAAGAAAAAGAAAAAGAAGAAAAAGAAGAAGCCUCUGGAUGAGACUAGUCAGAUGAGCGACCUGCCUGUAAAGGUCAUCCAUGUGGACAGUGGAAAUAUUCUGACAGGUGUGGAUGCUCCUAAAGCUGGGCAACUGGAGACUUGGUUGGAGAUGAACCCUGGUUAUGAGGUGGCGCCACGCUCUGACAGUGAAGACAGUGAAGAGGAGGAAGAGGAGGAGGAGGAAGAAGAGGAGCAUCAGCCUUCGACAGCUCCAGUAGAGGAAAAGAAAAAGAUAACAGACCCUGACAGUGAAGAUGUGUCAGAGGUGGAUGUCCGACACAUCAUCGAGAAUGCUAAACAGGAUGUGGAUGACGAGUAUAGCGGGGCAGCUUUCGCUCGGGGGCUCCAGUCAUAUUACUCUGUGGCUCACGCUGUCACAGAGAAAGUGGAGAAACAGUCUACUUUACUGAUAAAUGGACAGCUGAAACAGUAUCAGAUUAAAGGUCUGGAGUGGCUGGUUUCUCUUUACAAUAACAACCUGAACGGGAUCCUUGCUGACGAGAUGGGCUUGGGAAAAACCAUCCAGACUAUCGCUCUCAUCACAUACCUCAUGGAGCACAAACGGCUCAAUGGACCCUACCUCAUCAUUGUGCCCCUUUCAACUCUGUCUAACUGGGUGUAUGAGUUUGACAAAUGGGCACCAUCAGUUGUGAAAGUGUCCUACAAGGGGUCUCCUGCAGCCAGAAGGGCUUUUGUCCCGCAACUGCGUAGUGGCAAGUUUAAUGUUUUACUCACCACUUACGAAUACAUCAUUAAGGACAAACAAGUGCUGGCCAAGAUCCGCUGGAAGUACAUGAUUGUGGACGAAGGCCACCGUAUGAAGAACCACCACUGCAAAUUGACCCAAGUCCUGAACACUCACUACCUUGCUCCAAGGCGAGUUUUGCUGACAGGAACUCCACUGCAGAACAAACUACCUGAGCUAUGGGCGCUUCUAAACUUCCUUUUGCCCACCAUUUUCAAGAGCUGCAGCACAUUUGAGCAGUGGUUCAACGCUCCAUUUGCUAUGACUGGAGAGAAGGUGGAUCUCAAUGAAGAGGAAACUAUAUUGAUUAUUCGUCGUCUUCACAAAGUGCUACGCCCCUUCCUGCUACGAAGAUUAAAGAAAGAAGUGGAAUAUGUCAUCAAGUGUGACAUGUCAUCUCUUCAGAGGGUCCUGUACAGGCAUAUGCAGGCCAAGGGGGUCCUGCUCACUGAUGGAUCUGAGAAAGACAAGAAGGGUAAAGGAGGCACAAAGACACUGAUGAACACCAUCAUGCAGCUGAGGAAGAUCUGCAACCAUCCGUACAUGUUCCAGCAGAUUGAGGAAUCAUUCUCUGAACAUUUAGGAUUCUCUGGCGGGAUAGUACAGGGUCCUGACCUCUAUCGGGCAUCGGGCAAGUUUGAAGUGUUGGAUCGAAUCCUGCCAAAGCUGAGAGCCACAAACCACAAAGUGCUGCUGUUUUGUCAGAUGACGUCUCUCAUGACCAUCAUGGAGGACUACUUUGCCUACCGUAGCUUCAAGUACCUGCGUCUCGAUGGCACCACUAAGGCUGAAGACAGAGGAAUGUUACUGAAGACGUUCAAUGACCCGGAGUCAGAGUAUUUUAUCUUUCUUCUGAGCACAAGAGCCGGAGGCCUCGGGCUCAACCUGCAGUCUGCUGACACCGUGGUUAUUUUUGACUCUGACUGGAACCCUCACCAGGACCUGCAAGCCCAGGACAGAGCCCACCGCAUUGGGCAACAGAACGAGGUGCGAGUGUUGCGCCUUUGCACCGUCAAUAGUGUGGAGGAGAAAAUCCUGGCAGCAGCUAAAUACAAACUCAACGUGGACCAGAAAGUUAUCCAGGCUGGCAUGUUUGACCAGAAAUCUUCUAGCCACGAGCGCAGGGCCUUCCUGCAAGCAAUCCUGGAGCAUGAGGAACAAGACGAGGUCUGGGGGCAAGAAGUGUGCCUACGCAUGAAUGAGGAAGAUGAGGUGCCAGAUGACGAGACGGUCAACCAGAUGAUUGCCAGGAGCGAGGAAGAGUUUGACCAGUUUAUGCGCAUGGACCUGGACCGGCGUCGCGAGGAAGCUCGCAACCCCCGGCGAAAACCUCGUCUGAUGGAGGAGGACGAACUCCCCACCUGGAUCAUGAAGGACGACGCCGAGGUGGAGCGGCUCACCUGCGAGGAAGAGGAGGAAAAAAUGUUUGGACGAGGAUCUCGGCAGCGAAAGGAGGUGGACUACAGCGACUCACUGACCGAGAAACAGUGGCUCAAGGCAAUCGAGGAGGGCACGCUCGAGGAGAUGGAGGAGGAAGUACGCCACAAAAAGACAACCCGUAAGAGGAAAAGGGACCGCGACCUGGAUCUCCCUGGUCCCUCCUCUUCCUCUGGCAGCCGUGGGCGAGGGGACAAAGACGAUGAUGGAAAGAGGCAGAGGAAGAGGGGGCGACCCCCAGUUGAGAAACUCUCCCCCAAUCCUCCGGCCCUCACAAAAAAGAUGAAGAAAAUUGUGGACGCUGUCAUUAAGUACAAAGACAGUGCCAGUGGACGCCAGCUAAGCGAGGUGUUUAUCCAACUGCCUUCUCGAAAAGAGCUUCCAGAGUACUACGAACUCAUCCGCAAGCCCGUGGACUUUAGAAAGAUUAAGGAGAGGAUUCGAAGUCACCGCUACCGCGGUCUGGGUGACCUGGAAAGAGACGUCAUGCUGCUUUUCCAGAAUGCUCAGACCUUCAAUCUGGAAGGAUCACUGAUAUAUGAGGACUCCAUUGUGCUCCAGUCGGUGUUCACCAGCUUGAGGCAGAAGAUCGAGAAGGAGGAGGAAAGCGAAGGAGAGGAUAGUGAGGAAGAGGACGACGAGCUGGAGGAAGGAUCAGAGUCAGAGUCGCGCUCGGUGAAAGUGAAGAUCCGUCUUGGCAGAAAGGACAAAGGUGGCGAUCGGGGGAAGGGGCGAAACAGGCGAACAGGCCGCACCCGGGCAAAGCCUGUCGUCAGUGACGAUGACUCUGAAGACGAGCAGGAAGAGGAGCGCUCCCCUAGUGGCACUGAUGAGGAGUCUUAAACUUUGUGUCGGACGAAAAGAAGGAAGAAAAAGGGAAAUUCCAACACGAUAAGCACCACAGUUACAGUUUUCACAUAUGUGUCAAGGUAACUCCAUCCACCCUCAGUCAAAUGUUGUUAAGAGAUAUGGAAGAAGUUGGUCCACCAUUAUGUCUGCUACGGUAACAGUCUCGGAAGGCUGGACCCUAUUUAAGCCGGUCACAUCUGUUCUGGGCAGGGCCAAACCCAGGUUAUUUGCACAAAUGUUUCAAAUAUAUUCCUCAAUGAUCUUUGCCAUCAUUCAGAAAGUGAGAAGGAUCAUGCUUCCAUAUUCAGCCUGGAGGAAGGAACACAGAUAACAGAGGAAGAGGAGCGUACUGACCAAUAAACAGGCUCAUCAUCAGAUUAUACGGAAAGAAACGUUUUUAAUUACACACACUGAAGCCAAAUUCCUUAUUUCUCUUAAUAUAAUCAAGUGCACAUCUUUAACAUUAUUUUAAAGGGGGACUCACUCAGAAAAAGAGAACACUCCAAAAGUCCUGAAGGCAAGGAUGAUUCCCUAUUAUAAGGUAGACAAAGUUGUUGUGGUGCCUGUUUUUUUCCUUCUUCUUCUUCUUCUUCACAUGUGGAAUCCCAGUUUUAAAAAGAUGAAAGUGUGACAGAAUCUAAAGUGGUGAAUUCUUUAUCAAAUUACUCUUAUUUCGUUGUCCUCAGCUGCAUUAGAACAGUUAAUGAAUAACCUUUAAGACCAUUUGAUGUAGUUGGAAACAGUUAUGAUGAUAUUUAGUUGGUUUAUUAUAAUAGGGUUAUAUCAGUAACUCUAACUUUUCCAGGAAACUGUAUGGUUGGUAUCACAGGUCUAUUUUACUGUAUUGUUAUAUGUAGACUCUUAAUACUCGGCAUCAUGAGUACACACCUUUGCCCAUGGGAUGAGUCACAUUUCUUUGUGAAAUAUUGGUAUUGUGAAAUAUAGGCAGCCGCAUUAUAUUGUGUUCAGGUUGGUUUCAUGAAUGGUUAAUUUGGGAGUUUGAAGCAAAACAUUGUCCCUAAAAUAAAAUUGGUUAUUCUUCAACAGGGGUAAAUGUAACUUACCUGUGAUGCUGUUAACUGAUGCUGUUUUAUUCCCUCUGAGGCUUUUCUUUUGUUUUAAUACACGUUAAGUUAAAAUUAGCAUUUGAUCAAAAUGAGGAGUAAGAACUGGCACGAAAUCAGUGCAAUGAGGCAGCAAACUUUGGAUUUGGAUAGACAACCUUUUACAGACUGAGCUGUGAUUUCACCCCAUGUGAAGCUGCUCUCUCAUCUCACAUCACAUCUGGAUGUAAACAAACCUGAUGCUUGGCCUCUGCUCCAAUGUAGCAGUGUUUUUGUAGCAGAAAUGCCCACACUGGAGCUACUAUGACUGCAAAGUUGUGAGUAUGUUGUGUUGUUUUUGGCCAUGGCUCAGAAGUCCUUCCCUCUGUGGGCACUGGGUGUUAACAAACUUCUCCAAAGCUGUUAAGCAACUCACAGCAACACUCUGACUGAGGUUGAAUGGAGCUAAUAUUAGAGCACUCUCCAACACUGUACAUAGGGUGCAGCGCUGAAAACAACCCGCUUCACCCUGCUGCUGCUUGCCGAUUACACCUCCUGCAUAAAGUGCUUAUCAAACAAUUGUAAGCUUGAAGAAUCUUAAGUUGGAAAUUCAUCAGUGGACACUGUUGCUUUUAACUGCUUCGUCUUUAGUUGUUUCGUGGUGAUUUCCAGAGCUGUCUCGUCUUUUUUUCUGCAAUUUUUAAAUGUUUUCACUAUUAAGACAAAGGACCAGAGGGACAGCAGCUCCUUUCUGCUUGUGACUGCCUCACGGCUGAAUUGUGUUGGAUAUACUGUGAAGAAACUUUUUAGAGUAUCGUGUCAAUGCACGUAUGUACAGCUUGCGACUUCAGUACUGUACUUUUCUCAUGACAGUAGGUAACCAGAGGAAACCAAAGCAUCCAUGUUGCAGUCAACAAAUUAACUAGAUCUGUUUUUAUUGUGAUGUGUCAAUGUCGCUUGAACUCUGAAAGAAAUAAUAAAUUAUUGAUGUGCGAUGAGACUGAUUGCAGUGUAUUUGGGUUUAAUUAUAGAUUGCUUCUAGUGCUUUGCAUGUAUAUCAGAAUUUAGAAUUUGGA